UAUAGCUUUUGCACAUAUUAGGGUUUCCAGUAUCCCUCCACCUAUAUAUUCCACUCUCUACCUCGGAGUUAGGGUUUAUUGUCACACCCCAGCCGUAGCUGCACUUUCGUGUUUGCAUUACUUCGGUUAUUGACAAUGGCGACUCAAAUGAGCAAGAAGAGAAAGUUCGUGGCUGAUGGAGUGUUUUUCGCGGAACUGAAUGAGGUUCUGACGCGAGAGCUGGCGGAGGACGGUUACUCCGGCGUAGAGGUGAGGGUUACGCCGAUGCGCACUGAAAUCAUCAUCAGAGCUACAAGAACCCAAGCCGUACUCGGUGAGAAGGGGAGGAGAAUCAGGGAACUUACCUCGGUGGUUCAGAAAAGGUUCAAGUUUCCAGAGAACAGCGUUGAACUCUAUGCGGAGAAAGUCAACAACAGGGGACUUUGCGCUAUAGCUCAGGCCGAGUCUCUUCGCUACAAGCUCCUCGGAGGACUUGCGGUUCGCAGGGCUUGCUAUGGUGUUUUGAGGUUUGUCAUGGAGAGUGGUGCCAAGGGAUGUGAGGUCAUUGUGAGUGGUAAAUUGAGAGCCCAGAGGGCAAAAUCCAUGAAGUUUAAGGAUGGCUACAUGAUUUCUUCUGGGCAACCUGUCAAGGAUUACAUUGACUCUGCAGUGAGACACGUGCUCCUCAGACAGGGUGUUCUUGGCAUUAAGGUGAAGAUUAUGCUUGAUUGGGAUCCUAAAGGGAAGCAGGGUCCUAAAACUCCUCUCCCUGAUAUUGUCACAAUCCAUUCUCCAAAAGAGGAAGAGGAAUACAUCAGGCCUGCUCCAGUUUUGGCCAAUGAUAUUGAGGUCCCUGUGGCUUGAAAAUACAUGGAGCAGUACUUUAUCUAAGCAAAUGCCUUUUUUUUUUCUUGUAUUCAGUGUUUUUGGUCAAGGACAUAUUCAAAAUUUUGUAGUUUCUUAAAGAAUUGAAGUCAUUUGUUUUAUCUUUUUUAUUAUACCUUUAUGCUAUGCAGUUUGGAUCUUAUACUUGUGAUUCAUUGCAUC